GCAUUUGAUUGGAUGCAUGUAUAAAAUCAUCUCAAAGCUUUUGGCAAAUAGAUUGAGGAAGGUGAUGCCUAGUAUUAUUAGUGAAAGCCAAACAGCAUUUGUAGGGAAUAAGCAGAUAACUGAUGGCAUUAUCAUUAUAAAUGAGGUGUUACAUGAUAUGAAGAGGAGCAAUAAGGCGGGUUUAAUUUUCAAAGCUGAUUUUGAAAAGGCGUAUGAUAAUGUGGAAUGGGGAUUCUUAGAUUAUAUGAUGGACAAGUUGGGAUUCAAGGUGAAAUGGAGGAAUUGGAUGAAAGAAUGUGUAUCAACAGCAACAGUGUCCGUGCUUAUAAAUGGUAGCCCAACAGAAGAGUUCCAUGUUGGAAGAGGGCUAAGACAGGGCGACCCUCUUUCACCUUUUUUGUUUCUGAUGGUGGCAGAAGCUCUAAGUGGCCUAAUGAGAAAAGCUGAGGAGAUCGGAAUGCUGAAAGGAAUUCAAGUGGGCAAAGGUGAGCUCCGGAUCUCACACUUACAGUUCGCGGAUGACACCAUUCUAACAUGUGAGGCAACUGAGGAGAGUGCAUGGGCAAUGAAAAGUGUAAUGCGAUGUUUUGAGCUGAUUUCUGGCCUCAAGGUGAAUUUUGAUAAGAGCUGGCUUUGCGGAAUGAACAUAGAUGGUGAUUUUCUCGGUGAAAUGGCAUCAAUUAUGAAUUGCUCGGUGGGGAGAAUCCCAUUUAAUUACCUAGGGGUCCCGAUAGGAGCAAACCCAAAUAGAAUUUCAACAUGGCGCCCGGUGAUUGAUUGCAUGAGAAGAAGACUCGACAGUUGGGGGGGAGGGGCAUUAUCUUUCGGAGGUAGAAUUGUCCUUCUCAAUGCGGGUAAGAGAAGGAUUGCAUGGAUAAAAUGGGAGGAGGUCUGUAGGAAAAAAUCAGAGGGAGGUCUAGGAGUUAGGAACCUUGAGAGUUUUAACAAAGCUUUGUUAGGAAAAUGGAAGUGGAGGAUUUUGAGGGAGAAAAAAUCAUUGUGGAGGAGGGUUAUUUUUGAGAAAUAUGGGUCGGCAAGGGCAAGGGGUUGGGAUGGGUGUGUGCAGAAUGAGAAGGGAUCAACAUGGUGGAGAGGGGUGUGGAAAUUAGAUAGAGUAGAUAGUUCGAACAAUGGAUGGUUAAAGGACGGGUGUGUUAGAAAGAUAGGGGAUGGCAAGGAGACACUAUUUUGGGAAGAUGUGUGGAUAGAAGGAGUGAGCCUAAAAGAGAGCCACGUGUUUUGCUCUUCCUCAUCUUCUUCGCCUUCUCGACUCUUCCUCCUGACAGCCCCCUCCAAGCCCCCUCUAGCCACCAACUCAUUUCUUUGAGAAAAUUGGUGACCGAACUUGGGAUUUUCUGCUUCUUUUCUUGAUAAGUAACGAGAUUUGGGGCUUAGAAUCUUCCCUCUCAACCCAGAAAUCCCGGAUCUGCUCUGCUUCUUCCUCCCUUGUCCGUCGGGUUCUGCUGGGUUUGAAUCCUUCGGUUUUUUUUCUGGUAAGAAGCAGCCUUGAAUUCAUCCUUUCUCUCUCUUCAUUUGGCUUGGGUUACGCUAAUUUUGUUAUUGGUUCUUGAAUUUCUGGAGUUUGCCGUGAGUUUCCCCCUGGAUCCCGUCGGCUUCCUCACCAGCCAAGCUCGGGUUCUGCUGGCUGGAAUUCUGGAAACGAAACCGAGGACGGGAAACCAAGGGGGGAGUGACGAGUUAGAAGGCUAGCCACUUGGAAUUUGAUACAGAUUAUGGUCCUGUAAGCUAGAGUGUAUUUGGAGAUUUUAUGAUAUCAUAGCAGAUUGUAAAAAAUUUUAUCUUGAGAU